UUAAAACUUACACAAUAUUACACAAUAUAAAUUGUGUCUAAAAUUUAAUUUUUUUUUAUUUAAACUAAAAAAUUAUAGUAUCAAUACAUAAAAUUAAAUAAAAUUUGUUAAUAAAGUGAUUUAUUGAAAUUCUUCGUCGCGCUUCGUUUUUUAUUAUUAGAUUUGAAAGGAAAAAAUAUUAUUUUUCCUUUUAUUUUAUUGGAUUUGACCUACAAAUUUUAAAAGACUGAAAGAAUUGUUAACGAAAAUGCGUGCGUGGACAUUAAUUCUUGUAGUGCUGACGACUUUUAAACCCAUCACACAAGUCGUUAGCACAGAAGGCAACCAUAUAAAACUGUACAAUAAAAGUAAUAUUAAAAAUAUAAAAAAUUAUAAAAUAGAAAACAGUGAAGAAAGCAACACAUCACCUCCAGUGAUUUUUAAUAAGAAUUAUAAUAAUUACAACUGCAACAAUACUAUAUCUAACAAUGAUAGUAAUCAUUUAGAUAAAGAAGAUAAGUUAAAUUUAAACGUAAAGAAUAAUUUUAAUAAAAAAAGUAAUAAGAAUUUUAGUUCUAUAAUAAAUAAUAAGUUAGAAAAACUAUUAAUAGACAGCAAAAAUGUAGUUACUCAGAAAAAUAAUAACAAACUCCAAAACAAUUAUAACGUUAACGAAACUAUUACAAAUAAUAGCAAUAGUAGUUAUGCAAAUGUUAAUAAUAAUUUUAUUAAUAAAAAAUAUAAUAAAAUAAUUAGUAAUAAAAAAAGCGAUAGCAAUAAGUAUAAUAGUGAGAAUAGCAAUAACAAAAAAAUUUCUAAUAAUAUAAAUUACAAUAAUAAAGAAAAUGAAAAUAAUAAUAAUUAUAUGAAUGAUAAUGCUAUAAAUAUAAAAUAUGAGAAUGGAAGUAUCGAAGACUCAAAAAAGAACAUUAUCAAAGAUGAUGACAGUAGUUAUGAGAACCAUGAAAUGAAAAUAAAUAACGUUGUUAAAAGUGAAAUAAUUGAUAAUAAUAAAAAUCAUAAUAUAAAUAAUUUAGAUAAAAAUGAAAAUGUCAAGUUAAAACCAGAUCCAGAAACUCUAGUCCAAAUCGAAACAAGUUUACUGUCAUUAUUCGGUCUUAAAAAACCACCUAAAAUUGAUAGAUCCAAGAUUAUUAUACCAGAAGCUAUGAAAAGACUUUACGCACAACUUAUGGGCAAUGAAUUUGAUUCAGCAAAGAUUCCAAAGCCUGGAUUACAUACACAUGCAGCAAACACAGUUAGAAGUUUUACACAUGAAAGUACUGAUUUCGACGAUAAAUUUCCGCACCAUCAUAAGUUCAGGCUAUUUUUUAACGUAAAAAGUAUACCUACUGAAGAAAAAUUGAGAGCAGCUGAAUUGCAAAUAACUCGUGAUAAAAUCAAUUUCGAUAAUCCGAAUGCACUACAACAACGACAACGAUUUCGAGUAUCAGUAUAUGAUAUAUUAAAAAUUUGCGGCAACAAUAUUAAAAAUGUUAAUGAAAAUAACAGUUAUAAAAAUAUCAAUGACCAAGAUAACACAAGUUAUUUAUUACUCGACACAAAAACAAUUUAUUUAAACAGUUCCGAAACCUUAACAUUAGAUGUUCAAUCAGCAGUUAAUAGAUGGUUAACGUCACCCAAUGAAAAUAAUGGUUUGUUAAUUGAAGUUAAAACAGCACGUAAACUAAAACCUGCGAAACAUAAUCAUGUUCGAUUACGCAGAAGUUUAGAUGAAACUGAUAAAGAAUGGUUACCAAAACAACCAUUAUUAUUUACAUAUACUGAUGAUGGACGUCAUAAAACAAGAUUAGUACGUGAUGUUAGUCAAAGAUCAAAACGUGCACAUCAUCCUCGAAAUGGACAUCAUAGAAGAAAAAAUACAAUAUGUCAACGCCGUCCACUCUAUGUAGAUUUCAAUGAUGUUGGAUGGAGUGACUGGAUUGUAGCACCGCCAGGUUAUGAUGCGUAUUAUUGUCAAGGUGAUUGUCCAUUUCCGCUAACAGAUCAUUUAAAUUCAACAAAUCAUGCAGUCGUUCAAACUUUGGUGAAUAACAUAACCCCAGCAAAAGUACCAAAAGCAUGUUGCAUUCCAACACAACUAUCAGCAAUAUCAAUGUUAUAUUUGAAUGAUCAAAACCAAGUUGUACUAAAAAAUUAUCAGGAUAUGACAGUUGUUGGUUGUGGAUGUCGGUAAAAUGCAAUGAAAAUGUAAAUUUCUGUAAAAAAGUACUUGAUAUUUUUGUUAAAAUUCAUUUAUUUUAUUUUGCGUAAUAGAUUGCAAUGUUGAAUUUGUUUAUUAGGAAUUUUAAAAUUUGUUUUUGUUUAAAAAUUAAAUAAAUUUUUUAAAUUAAAAAAAAAAUUCAUAGGUAAAGCAAAAUUAUUUUAAUCAAAAAGAAAAAGUGAAAAACUAUUAGAUAGAACUUUGCUAAAAAUUCAAACAAUCGAUCUUUUAAGCGCAAAAAAUAUAAAUGAAGAAUUUAUUCCGAGUACGGCAAAUAAACAAACAUACUUAUAAAAAUGCACAGUUUCCAUAAUAAUUCAGUGCGAACGAUAAAUUGUAAUCAAAUUAAAUUUUAUCAUUGGAUUUCGUAUAUUCAUACCGAAUAAAAUACCAUAUAGUUUAUCAUCAAAGCGGUAAUCAGUUUCGGUGAUAUUUGAAUAACGUACUGCUGUGUGUUUAAUAAUAAUAUAAUGUGCAUAUAUGUAUGCAUGGAUAUAAACUAUAUACAUAUUAUAUGGAAAACGUAAAAGUAAUUUAAGUCGAACAAAAUAACUGAAACAGUUAUUAUCAAAGUUGAGGCCGAGCCAAACAUAAAAUAAAAUAUAUGUUUUUUUUAUAUUUGGUAUACAUAUAUAAAAAUAAAUUCCCUAUGUACUAUAAAACAAUGUAAAAUACACGUAUACAUAUAUGUAUACAAUUAUUUUUAUAGAGAUGUUUACAUAUAUAUAAAGUUACAAUUUAUUAUUACAAGUUACAUCAUUUUAUGUAAAGUAUAUUAUUAACAUUUUUGCGUACAUUAUGUAUAUAAAAUAUAUAAAGUAUUUAAACUUAAACCCGUGUAUAAAAAUGAAUAAAUUAAUUUAAUAUAAAUUAAGUGAAAGAGAAGUUAUGUAUUUAGAAAAAACAACUAGGAAAUUUGAAAUAUAGAACCACAUAUAAACAUAUUUAUAUGUAUGUAUAGUAAUGUUAUAAGAAAAAAGUAAAUUAUAUAAGUUUCAUUAUACAUUUUGUAUUUGUAUAUACAUAAAUAUUUAUAUACAUAUACAUUGCUUUUACAUAUUUCUAGAAAAAAUUGUAAAUUUUAAAGUUAUUAAAUUUUCAUAUCAUAUGAAAACUUUUAUAAUAAUGUAUCACGAAUUUUUGUAAUUAAAUUGAUUGAUUGUCUUUUAG